AUGGCUUUACAAGAAAAUGAAGCACUAGAGAAGAAAGAGGUGAUGGCCAUUCAACAAGAGGUUGUCAUUGAGAAGAAAGAGGAAGAUAGAGGACCUCCUUUGGAAAAAUAUGCUCAACAUCCUUUCCUCAAGGAAAUGCUUCUUGAAUUAUCGAAGCAAAAAGCUCAAGAACAAGACAUGAAGGACUUGAAAGAGGUUGGGAAAGCUAUUAUCCCAACAAAACUCGAAGAUCCAGGGUCAUUUAACCUACCUUGUUCCAUCAGCUAUAUGCACUUCAACAAGUGUCUAUGUGACUUGGGAGCUUCAGUGAGUAUAAUGCCAUACUCAGUUGCUGAGAAGUUGGGGUAUGAACAUUUUAAGCCCAGCAAUCUCUAUAUUGGUUUAGCAGAUGGAUCAAGGAAGGAUGUGGUUGGAGUAAUUGAAACCUUUAUGGUCAAAAUAAGAGAGGAUAUGCUUCCAACUGAUUUUGUGAUCAUGAAUAUGGAUCAAGAGCCAGAAGAUCCUCUCAUCUUGGGGAGACCAUUCUUAGCCACAGCUGGGGCUGUAAUUGAUGUCAAGAUGGGAACCAUCAAGCUCCACCUAAUUGAAGACCUCACUAUGAAGUUUGACAUCAAGGAUUCAACAUAUCAACCUACUAUUGAAGGUCAUCACUUUGUGAUAAAGAAAAAAGCUAGUUAUGAAGAUUCUAAGAAUGAAGAGGACCCUAGGACUAAAGACAAGACAAUGGAAGAGCUUAAGGAUUGA